UACACGCAGACACAAUGAAUUGCUUUCUGUUGGUGUGUUGCGCUCUAAUAAUAAAUAGUGAUGUCGUUUGUUCCGGUGCACAAUCCGGUCCUAUCGGACCCAUUACAAUUUAUGAAAUAAAAAACUGCGACCCCGAUGUCAAUAAGAUCGAGUACGAAAUGAAGCUGAACGAAGACGACGAUGGCACAAAGAGCGUCGAUUUCAGCUUCAAGCUUGCGGAAGAUUACGGCGAAGAACUAAACCUGACGAUCGUUGUGGAUCAAUACUCCAACAACGACUGGCAGAAAGACAUCUACGACCAAGAAUUCUCCUUCUUGAAAUUUAUGAACGACAAGCUCCCCAAACUUUUGGAAAAUUUCUCCAACGCAGUUAGCCCCAAAAUCGACGACCCCACGGUUUUUCCCGCCGGUGAAUAUAAACUGACGGGAUACAAGGAAGAUUAUCAUAAUAUUGAACAAGACCACAUUAUUUAUGGCAGGUUGAGAGUAACUUUUUCUUUCACGAAGAACGACGAGGAGCUGGCUUGCAUCACGGCUGAAGUUCAAGCUGAUGAGCCUUAAAGUGGCGUGUGUUCGGCUAGUAGUUAACUGUUAUUAA